AUGUUACAAUCUAGGGGGAUAAACCGAGGCAGUAUAAUUACCGGCACUUCAGUCCACGAUCAACGAAUUGAACGUCUUUGGCGUGAAGUGAAUGGCAUUGUGUCCAGUCGUUUCGUGAAUAUUUUUGUGUAUCUUGAAUCUUUUGUUCUUGAUACAACAAGUGAACUUCAUUUAUUUGUUUUACACCUUGUUUAUUUACCCCUCGUAAACCAAGCUCUGCGGGAAUUAAGGGAAUCAUGGAACAAUCACUCGUUAAGUACAGAAGUAACAGAACGCAACCUUAGCCCCAUGCAGCUUUGGGUUCAAGGUAUGAUUAGCAGUAGAAACUCUCAUUACAGUGCUGUAAGAAGUGUGCAAGAUGAUCUGCAAGUUAAUUGGAAUGAUUAUGGGAUUGAUGAAGAUGAACCUGCAGCAAAUGUAGAACCAAACUAUAACAUCACAGUUCCUUCCAGAAACAAGAAUGAACUUACAGGAUGA